AUGGAUUUCUCAGCUUUCUACCAUAUGACACAAAAUAGCAAGUUCUCCAAGGUCUCGAACCAUCAAUUCUACAGGGCCCGUGCAACUGCAAGGAUAAUAUUAGAGGGGUCUGUUAAGGAUCAAUAUGAAAUCUUAGAAGACUAUUGCAAGCAACUAUUGGAAACAAACCCUGGGAGUACUGCAAAGAUUCAAACUAUAUUGGUUGAUGGUAAAAGGGUUUUUGAGAAGGUUUACAUAUGCUUAAAGGCAUGUAAGGAUGGUUUCAUAAGGGGUUGUAGGAGGCUAAUUGGAUUAGAUGGUUGUCAUUUAAAAGGCUAUUACAAAGGAAUUCUAUUGGCUGCCAUUGGGAUUGAUGGAGCAAACUCAAUCUUUUUGAUUGCAUAUGCAGUGGUUGGGAAAGAGACUACAGAAAGUUGGACUUGGUUUUUGGAGCUGUUGAAAGAAGACUUGCAUCCCACCGAUCCUUGCAUAUACACGAUGAUGAGCGAUAGGAAAAAAGGUUUGCAAAAUGCAGUGGACAAGAUUUUCAUUGGUUCUAAUGGUCAUUUUUGUGUGAGACAUAUGCAUGGUAAUUUUAAGAAAGAUUUCCCUGGACUUCUGCUGAAACAAAUGUUGUGGGUUACAGCAAGAGCCACAACCCCAGUUGACUUUGAAAGAAAAAUGAAGGACUUGAAAGAUGUUAAUGAGAGAGCUUAUAAUUGGCUCGCUCCAAAGAACCCAUCCGAGUGGAGUAAAUCACACUUCAAAGAAUCUGUGAAGUGUGACAUGUUGCUUAAUAAUUUUACCAAAAAUAGGGAGAAUGUGGACAAGUGGAAGAACCCUGUGCAUAACAAUAUCAUGAAGAUAUUGGAUAAGCAAAUGGAAAUUUCUGCUUAUUGCUCUAUUGAACGUGCAAUUGCUACAAUAUUUCAAGUAACCAUGAAUGAUGGAAAGCGCUUAACUGUUGAUUUGGAUACACACACGUGCACAUGCAGAAGAUGGCAGCUGACGGGGCUUCCAUGUGGACAUGGUUUGGCCACAAUAUUUUUUGCUAAACAUGAUGUGUACGGGGAUAUAUUCACUCGUGGUACCACAAAAGAAGCUUACGAAGGUACAGUAGGCCCAGUGCCGAGCCCAAACAACUGGCCAAACAAAGGAAUUAAUCCUAUACUGCCUCCAGGUGAAAACAACCUUCCUGGAAGGCCAAAGAAGAAAAGAAACUUGAUUGCUAAUGAGCCGCCCCCUGCUAAUGCAACCAAGCUUAGUAAAAAAGGACAAAUGAAUCAUUGUGGUAAUUGUGGACAAGUUGGACACAGUAGAAGAACAUGCAAGAAUGAAGCCGCACCUACGGUAGCCACUUCCUACUUUGGUUUGGACUAUGAGGGGGAAUAUGAGUUCUUUGUUAUUGUUGAGCCUGUUGGUAAAAGGCCAAAAAUUCCUUUGCUUCUUGACAUAUCCUGGAGGGUUGUUCCUGCUGAUUCCUGA